GCAAGAGGAAUUAAGUGUUAGAGAUGUCCCCUGCAACUCUUCUUGCAGCAGCAAUAACUUUGGUGAUCUCUACUCUCGUUGUUCUGCUGCUGCUGCCGUUUCAGCGGAGCGUUAAUGCGAAGCGAAAGGCGUCGACGAAGCGGCUCCCGCUGGGGGAGAUGGGGUGGCCCGUUGUCGGCUCCACCUUCGCCUUCCUCCGCCCGCACCCUGCUGCCGCGCUCGGCGACUACAUGACCCAGAAGAUCUCAAAGUACGGUCGGGUGUUCACGGCGAGACUGUUCGGGAGGGUGUCGAUCGUGUCGGCGGACGCGGAGCUGAACCGCCAUGUGCUGAACAACGAAACACGGCUUUUCGAGAGUGCAUGGCUGCCGCACCUCCCACGGCUGAUCGGCAAGCACUCGACAGUGAUGUCGACAGGCGACGCGCAUAAGCAGAAGAAGUCCAUCAUCCUCAGCUUCGUGAGCAGCGCCAGGACCCAGUCCUUCAUCCGCAGCAUCGAGCAGCAGGCCGCCGCCCUUGUCGCCUCCUGGAAAGGCCGCAACGUCAUCUACGGCGUCGACGAGGCCAGAAAGUUUUCAUUCUAUGUAAUAUCAAAAAAGGUGAUGGGAAUGAACUCAAACAACCCGAAAACAGAUGAGCUAAGUAACGCGUUCAUGGACUUAGCCAAGGGGUUCUCCUCAAUUCCAAUUAAUUUGCCCGGAACAACAUACUACAAGGCUCUAAAGGGAAGGGCGUAUAUUGGAAAAAUGGUGGAGCAGAAGAUGGAAGAGAAGAGCAUAAACGAAAGGAAGGGAGUCGACGAGGAGGACGACUUCGUUGACUGGAUAUCGAAGAAUACGUCGUACUCGACAGAGGAGAUGAUCGACUCAACUCAGGGCCUGAUUUUCGCCGGUCAUCAUACGACGGCGCGGACUUUAUCUUUAGCAUUCUAUUUUUUGGCGCGUUGUCCGAAAGCUAUUGAGCAGAUGAGGGAAGAGCGCGAUCGAUGUUUGAAAUCCAAGAGUGAGAAUGGAGGGAGCAACCUAACGUGGGAUGAUUACAAGGAUUGCGAAUUCACCCAAAAUGGAGAGGAAGCGAGAGCAAGAGUCUACCUUGCCGGACGGCUUCCUUUGAAGAACCACGUGACAGGGGAUUUGUGGUCUUUCGGCGGGGAUCUACGCCUGCAAUGGGAUAUAGUUAUAUCAUACGCGUCACUUGGUACAGGGAAAGGAUCGCCGCGGGUGAGCGCCGAGCGUCCCGAGACGCUCCGAGUUGAUUCUCGUAGAGUGAAACAAAGGCCGUCGAUUUGGUCGAAGCUUCAGAGCUCUGACAUGUUGAAGGAGCGUGGAAAUGGAAACAAAUCUAUCCGUCUUUGCCGCUCAACUACUUUAUUAGCUAUAAAUGACUUCAGGGGCUAA